GCUCCAUCCAUCAGGAAGAACGACACUGGGUUGGGUUGAGUGGGAACAUGGGUAUCAGAGCUACAUCGUAGCUACCGUAGGGCGGGCUGAUGUGGAAUUCACACUCCAAUAAGCGGCUCUCGAUUCUUCUGUCCUGGUCGACAACUCUAGCUAGCUAGUGAGCCCAGUCCGUCCCUCCAGGGCGACAUGCUGGUGAGAGCAGCAUGCAGACAAGCUUUCGUUGCCUGACAAGGAUAAUCGCUGAUCAUUGCUAAAGCAAAGUAGAUCGAUCAAAACCCAAGUUUUGAACCCUCGUCGCCAGUUGCCGAGUGAAUUCCUAUGAAGUUGCUUUCGGUUGCCCAUAAUAUGUGCAUUGUGUAUCGAUUACUGCAUGGCACGAGAGCGGAUCAAAACUAUAUAUGAAGAUCCUCGGCAUCGAAUGGGUUGGAACUGAUGAGAGGGCCAACGGUAAAAGUGCGAAAACAAGUGCAACACAGAAAUCGAAAAUGGUGGAAUGAGCGAGUCUUGUUGUCCAGGUUUUCGUGGGAGGCCAUCGAAGAAUCAAAGCGGAAUCGAAUCGAAAGAGCAUUGGUCAGUCACAAUCUGCAGCUGCUUUAUCAUACGGAGCUAGAGCUGGAGAACCCAAGCCAAAGAAGCUAUUCUCGUCGUUGAUCUCAUCUAAACCAUGGCUUCUAUCCGGUUGACAAACAACACCAUUCGAAGCUAUCUGGGUGGCGGCAGGUUUCAUGGAAGUCAGGCAAUUGUUGCUAUCAGCUGUCGAUCCGUGCAGAAUGAUGACAGCAUGGCGUGCGUUGACGCUUACGUUCCUUCCUCAACGGGGGAAAGAACCUACAAUGUCUCUGUGCGAGUUCGUCGAGAUGGAUCAGAGAUUCAAAGUACUAGUUGUACAUGUCCCAAAGGAGGCCCAUGCAAACACAUUCACCGGGUGCUCUAUCGCAUCCGCAGCUCUCGGAGAGACCCCAUCCCAGGACCGAGUGCUGAAACAUUGGUACGAGAGGCACAACGUCGAAAAUAUGGUGUUCAAGUUGACUACGGUACGGUGUUUCUUGCCAUGGCUUGCCAAUCGGAAAUUGACAGUGGGAGCGACUUCGGUGAGCCUACACCGGAAAAGAGCAACGUGGACCAGAAAAUCCUUGGUGUGUUCCUGUCAAAGAGGAAAGCUAACCAAUGCGCUCGAGAAUAUCUCCUCGGUGUGGAGGCAAAGAUGGAAAACGAUUCCGAUGACGCCGACUCGGAUUCUGAAGAAACAUUUUGGUACGAUGGAAGCGAUGAUGUUGAUUUUGAGUUAGAGAACAUGUUUCCAAAGGUAUGGGUCGAGCGGAGAAUUGUCGAAGACGCGACACUCCCCUUCGCUAGAAGUUCCAACAGCGGUUCAUGCCCCUAGUUUGACACUGAGCCGAGAUCUUUUUGAAAGAGCUUCCUUCAUGGUCGGCAACGCAUAUCUGGAAUGUUGCCUAUGUUCCCAUCUCUUCCGAAACCUGUAAAUCAAUCCAUGAAAUACAAUAACUUUCAAAGUUCCGUUGUUUGCUUGCAUAGAUAGAUAUCGUCCACA